CGUGGUAACAGCCACUGACUAGAGUAUAUUUAUUUUUUUGCAUCCGUAAACGAUCCCCGUCCAUGACGUAACGUAAGAAAUUUUCAACCAUCAAAACCAGAAUAAUUUUAUAACAGUAGCCAUUUUGUUUUCACCUAAAGUUAAUUGGGUAACCUGUCAUCAGUUGAACUGGAGAGCAAUCACGGGAGCACCAGUCAAUCGAGGGUGAUAAAGAAAGAGAGCGAUUGAUUGAGAUAGUCUGAGAUUGAAGUGUCAGUACUAAUGGAUUCAAGACGAUAUGACCGUGGCAGAAACAGUGAUUCGCCUCCUGAGCCACCUUCGCCUCCCAGCUAUAGCGCCCAGUCCAGGAUAGCUAGUGAGUUACCCACACAAAGAAGUUAUAAAGUUAAUUCACGACAAUCACCUUACACUGAGUACAGUAGUAAAUCAUCAAGAUCAGCGCAGGAAUUAUCUGCUACGACUGGGCCGACUAGUACCACUACGACUACGACCUCGACGACACCGUCGUCUUCUUCGUCAUCUUCCCACGAGAAACGCCGAAGACGUCACAAACGGUCACGCUCUAGUGACCGUUCACGUAAAUACUCUCGACGGCGCAAGUCCAGGUCAGCCUCGCGGCCCAGAUCCAGGUCACGUGGCCCCAGGUCGAAAUCAAGAGGAGUUAAGUCUAGAUCUCGCGAGCGCUAUCGCCACAGUCGAAGUUGCAGUCGUAGCCCGAGUCAACGCAGUCGGACUUACAGUCGCAGUCGCAGUCGUAGUCGCAGCAGAAGCAGAAGCAAUGGUCAGAAUAAUAAAAUCCGUGAUUCAGGAAGAGACUCCAGAUACCGUGGCAACAGGCACUACCGUACGUCCUCGCACGACUCGGAUUAUAUUCCUGAUAUCAUUGAUAAGCAGCAGCAGCAGCAGCAGCAUCAUCAUCUUGGUUUUCCUCCGAGCCAGAUUGUUCAGCCAAUCAUUCCUGUCCAGUCGAACGCUUUUAAGAAUGACGGCAGCUUCAUGGAGAUGUUCAAGAAAAUGCAGGAAAAAAUGCAACCCGCUGCUGAUAAGCCUGCUACUUCGUUACUCGAAGACAAACCUGUUGUCCCGCCGCCGUUGAUGGUUGGAAAAAGACGCGGUGGAAGAAUUCUUAAGACUGGGAUGGUUGCUAAAGCUAAAACUGAACAGGUUGUCGAACAGCCUAAGGAUGCUUGGUCGCUUUACAUGGCAGAGGUUAAAAAAUAUCGCGAAGUUUGCUGCCAAGAGGAAGAUAAUACAAGACCUCUUGUAAAAUAAUUUUCUUCGGUUUUUUAUUUAAGCAUUUUCAUUUAACAUUAGUUUUAUUAUUUGAUCAUCUAUUUGACGUAUUUUUAGUUUUUA